AUGCUGAAUGGUGAAGAAAGCGAGCUUAAAUUCUUAAAUAUCACGAAUCUCAAGACCGAAUUGGAAAAAAUGCCAUUGCCAGACGCCUUCGUUGUAAUGUAUUCGGUGAUCGACAAGGCGUCCUUUCAAAGGGCUGAAGAAUAUCUCGCUCGACUUCACGAUCAAGAUCUUCUUCGUGGCAGACCGGCUAUUCUGGUCGGGAACAAGGUCGAUUUGGUUCGUUCGAGAGUGGUUUCGCCCCAGGGUAAGAGGCGGAACAUCUUUCUUUUUUGCACACACGUUUUUUUCAUGGAUAGGCGGUUUUGUGACACUUUAUAAAAC